AUGUACUCGUUGCGGGUGGUGCGGGAGCGGCCGCCGUGCCGCACCCGCACUUGUCUAAAGUUGCAUCACCCCACUCCUAAUGUGAGCAUUUCUUUAGAGAGGCAGACGCCCACGUCGCCGCCGCGCCGCGUCGCUAUCGACCCACCCAGCUACGUCAAGCGAUACUCAGCGAUACUAAGUGAUACUGACAGAUACCAAGCGGUAUUCCACACCUACGGUCGAGACACGAGGCGGCGACGAGGGCGCCUCGAGGCAUGGAAGCCCGAUGCC